AUGCCUCCAGUCACCAGAAAUCAAACUGCAGCUGACUUUCGAGGGCAACUCGAGACCUGCAAGAGAGGAUUGCAAUGGGCCGAUGCGGCACGAGAGCGAGCCGAGGACGAAUGCGAAACCUACCGAUUGCAGAACUUGCGCCUUCAACAAGAGCGGGACCGUUUUCGACAUUAUGCGCAGGUAGCUGCGGAAAAGCGCACUGAGCUGUGGCAGGAGUGCAAGCAUCUCAGAGAUACCAGUGACACAUCUAGCGCUCAGAUGAAUAAGAAAGACGGCGAAAUCAAGAAGCUUCGGGAAGAGAUCCAGAAGUACAAGACAACCAUAACAAACUCGACUCGACUACAUGGACAGCUUUCCGACACCAACAUCCAAACCAAGAUCAACGAUCUCUUCAGUGCUGUGCGUAAUUGGGCCGUGAUCGUAGUGCGUCGCGAANAAACCAGAGAGCUAGUGAACGCGCACUGGAUUUGUGGUCAGGCGUCCGAGGGACCAUUGCUAUUAGCAAAGAGUCUUUACACCCUCAUCCCAGGCAAUUCUAUGACUGCUCAGCAAAAGAAGGCUCAAUGGGUUCUGCUCACCAGAGAACUUCUCCAGACAGAACAGAGUGUCGGUAUUCAAAUUGAAGAGCAGCUCCUCUCACUUCUCAUCACAGGCGUGCAGACGGUUGUAGGCAAAUUGAGCAGCGCUCUCAACACCCAAGUUAUUGCUGACGAUUUGAGGGCGGCAAUCGAACCACACAUUCAUAUCGUUCAAGCAUUGCACCAGCAAGAAGCAGAGUACUCAUUGACGCUANGAGGGGCAGUGGAUGGAGAUGCGCCACGCAAGAUUGAUCUGGGAUAUAUGGAGGAGGUCAACGGAGAAGACAAGGGGCUUGUUGCGGCUUGCGUCUUCCCCAUGCUGGUCAAAAAGACAUUUGAAAAUGAUGUCAAGGGCGAAUCGGUCGUCAUCUGCAAGAUGAAAGUCCUGGCAUUGUCAUGA